AGUCAUCCUUAGUGUUGAGCUUUAUUUAUUCGGGCGCUGUUUUUUUCAAGAGACUAAAGAUUAAUUUUGAUGUUACCGUUAUUUUGGUCGUCGCGCAAUUUGUUAUUUCAUUCCAGUUCUUCAUCGGUCGUAGCGAUAUUCACAUUUGGAGAGCAUCGAUCGCUCGACGGUGCCUCGCCGCACAUCGUUCUUAUGUCCGGUGAAGGGUCGUGCACGGCUUCUCCCCGCGUGGAUCUUCUUCAGUGAGACCUGCUCUUCGUACACUAAGUGUGAAAUUACCGCCGGCCGCUUUCCAAGAGGGGCAGUUCCUGCCGAACAAGAAAAACGAAAACCUGGCAGAGAAGAGCUGGCUUUCGGAUGCAGUGGAACAUGCUAAGCAUUGAGAAGUAGAGCAGCUUCCUGGCCGCGCCACGGACACAGCGUGGUUGUGCAAAUUGAUCAUGUCAACACGCUGCGGAAGAACGGUUUUUUUUGAAACCCAACUUCUCUGAUGAGAGAGACGAAACCGAGGAACACGAACAUGGACCCAACUUCUACCGUGCUUGACGAUGCAAGGCUUCAACAUCUUCCGCAAAGAAAGCUUGACAAUAUCGCUAAGUGGCGAGGACCAGUCCUGCGAUACAUCACCCGGUGAAAAUAGAACACCCCGAAGAAAUCAAGAAAGCUGGAACAACUACCACAGCAUCUUCAGCAAGAAAUAUUAGCGCCAUGAAGGCCAUCGAGCCUGAUCCACCCGGCAGCAUGCAGCUAGCCACACUACAACCAGGCUCGCAGCCUGGUGUAGUCCAGGGUGUGGUGGCCAAGCCGAAAAAAUCCAAGCUCGCGACUUUGCAGAGCGCCACGUCGAUCAAAGAGAUAACCGACCUGAUUAUGGUACCGGAAUGCGGACCGCAAGAGAUAGCGCUGCUGAAGGUGGUGUGCUUCGGGCUGAUACUGUACCUCGCCUGUCUGAUCCCGGUCAUCAUCAUGUCCUGCGUGACCACGAAGACCUGCGACGUGGGGGACGUGCUGGGCCCGACGGAUUACUGCAAAGAGUAUGGGCCGGGGGAGAACCCCAUACUCACCGGCGGGGACAUCUGCACCGUUGUUUGCGGUAAAAUAAGUAGGAAACUUUGAUGAAGAUAGAGAUACUGAUAGGUUGAGCAGUGAUCUACUUAAACUUCAAUUUUGAUUUUACAUUGCAAUAUUAUGCAGUCGAUGUUUAUUGUUAUUGAGACGUUCUGUUUUUUUUCACUCAGAUAAAAAACGAAAACCCAACAAAAGAAAUAGAAUCUUGUAAUUGUUCCAACGCACCAUGACUACAGGCGGCAAGGAGGCAAAUCGGCGGUACUACGAGCCGGUGCUCGAGUGCAGCGACGGCAACCUGGAGGACGCCGACACGGGCACGGCGGUGGCUUCCGUGUGUGCGAUGCUGCCGCUUUCGCUGACGGAACUGUCGGAGGACGAGGCGAUGGCAGCGUUUGCGGAGGCAAACAAGCCGGGGAACGUGCUUUUGACCGGGAAGUGCGUGGGCGCCACCGAACGGGAGAUCCCCAACAUUAACGCCGUAUGGGAUUCUCAAACGUUACAUUCUCAACUGUUACAUGAUUUGUCAUGCAAAACUACCAUCGUAAUCCAUUAACGCUGGACCGCACGGCCCAGAAAUGAUUUCAAAACAAUUUCAAACUACUUUCAAACUGUGGGGCUUUUCAAAAAUCAAAGCUCCAAUGGCGCGGCCUGCGUGCUAGAAGGCGCUGCGGUUUGGUCUUGAUGUUUCGGCGCAUUUGCUUCUUUUUCGCCCAGUUCAGACCGCUGCGGGCUGAAUCCAGCGGAGGAGCUAGUGCGCCACUGUGUGCGUUGGGUCGCGCCGAAGUGCGUGGCAAUAUACUUGGGCCGAAAUACGGCUCUCGUCGUUGGCCAACUCUACAUUGCCCGCGGGUCGUAACUCCGAUCCGAACGGCCACAGGAUAGACUCGCAGCGUCCAUGUGACGCUGGGUUUCUCGGCUUCGUUAGGUGGGCGCCUGCGAGCACCGCAGUCUGUUGCAUGGGUUCCUCCCCUGCCCCUUUUUUCGUCGCAAGGCAAGCCAAAAAGCGCCCUGCGACCGUCAGAAGCAGACGUUGCGCCCGGAGGGCAGCAUCGCCGAGGGAAGCAAGCGCGGCGGGCUUCGGGAUGGGCUCUGAAGAACCAGCGCGCGGGCGACUUGCCGGGGAAAAUUCCUCGUCUUGGUGUUGCAGUGGUCCGCGCGCCUGCUCGUAGGUCGCGAGGCUACCUGAGACGGACGGGAAGAGGACGCAGACGGGGCCGCGGCGGGGAUAGUCUCCCUCGCGGCUCUGCGCUACGUAGUCAACGUCGCGCCGUGAAGGCGAAGGGCCGCCUGGAGCAUGCGGCAUCCUUCCUGCAGCGCGUGGCCGCUCUUCGGAGCAAAUUUGCGACGCCCGACAGGACAAGGAGGAAAGCCGGAGGGGGUGGGCCCCUGGUUCAGUAAACUCCAUCGGGCGGCGACACCCGCUGGGCAAAGAAAGAAAAAUAGGGCUUGGGCACAUUCCAAAUAAUAUCAUCAAGGCAUUUCAAAACGCCAUCAGAAUUCUGUCAGAAUUCCGUUCCCCGAUGGGUAGCUUGGUUCUGACGGAAUUCUGACGGAAUCUGACGGAAUUCUGACGGCAUUUUGAAUAUCGUCUUGAUGACGUUUUGAAAUUGGCCAAAAUGCUUGAUGACGUUUUGAAAUUGCGCAGGAGGCUUGAUGGGAUUUUGAAAGCGAGCGAGAUGGCCGAUGGCGUUUUGAAAUCAGCGAAGGGCAUUGAUGGGCUUCGGAAUUUCCGAAGGGCAGCCGUCGGCAAUUCGGUGGGGCCUCGCGUACCGGUGUGCGAAGCGGUCCAUCGGGCAGGGGCGUGCAGCUCUUCGCCCGUGUCGAUGCCGAUUGCCGCGAAGCCCCGCAGCCCACUGAUUGCCAACGAGCCGCGCCGCCGGGCCCUUGGCGCAGGCACUACCUGCCGGCGCCGGUAUUCUUGGGAGAGGUGCCGCGCCUGCCCGAUUCGUAUCGCCCGUGCCGAUCGGGGGUGGGCGUGGGCGCCCCGUGUCUUGCUGCCCAUGGCGCAGUGUCUAUGCCUGUAUGGGGUUGCCAAACCGGGGCGGCAGCCAGGCGCCCGGCGCCCAUUAUUUGAUUGUGGCGCCCCUGCGUGCGGCAGGUUUGCUCCGCCAGUGUAAAUCGCUCGGGCCCAUCGCGUACUGUCACAUGUUGCAAAGGCCGGCGCCGCUCCGGGUGUGGGGCUCCGUGUGGAAAGGCCACACCAGACGCGCGGGCCCCGACAUUCAUGGCCGCGGGCGGCCCGUCGUUAGGCCCGCCAGCUCUUUGGCGGGCUUUUGGCAUUCCCGUUGCAGUCAAGUUUGUGGGGCUGUAUGCAAUGAAAAAUCGCACACCGCGGAGGCCCGCGGGGUUGCCACAGCAUGAAAAUGCUGGAAUUUUGAAAUUGCUUUGAAAUUGGUUUGAAUUAGAAUUACAGCCCGCGCAGUCUAGAGUUAAAAUCCACAAGAUCAAGCUGCUUCGCAUGACAAAUUUGCGAAGGGCUAAAGAGCACCUAAAUCUGCGCGGGAUUUGUAAUGCAAUUUCUGCAAUUUUCCCCCUUUCACUGUUGCGGUUCUUGCAUUACAAAUUCAUGUAACAAUUGAGAAUGUAACGUUUGAGAACGCCAUACGCCGCCCAACCGUGUUUGGAGGGCAAGUUCAUUUCCCCAGUAUCAAAUGUAAAAAUGUCUGGGUCUGGAAGAAUGCGAGAUUUAUCAUGCACGUUUUGCAUGAGCCAUGAUGUCUGUGAUGCAUACCCUAGCAAUACAGAUUUUUUGCAGGCUUCUUGAUGCCUAUUCCGCAUGACAAAUGCCUUCUCAGCGUAGGAAUGCAAAAAUGUCUAGGUCUGGAAAGUUGUGAUGCUGGGUGGCGUAUCACGAAGAGGCCACAGGUGCUGGCUCAGCAUGACAAUUUUCUGAGCUUCUAGGUGUUGCCUAUUCUGCAUGACAAACUGCGUUUCUGCAUCGCGCUGUGUUCAGAUUAGCUUUUAGCUUGCUGCUUUAGAUCACCUUCCGUUUUCUCUUUUUUCAUCGACACAGAUGCAGGUUGAAGAUCGAUUUGUAUGACGGCAGGAGCUUCAAGUAGAAGAUCACUAGGGUUUACUCAUCGGGGAGAUAACCUCGUACAAAAUCGGCACCCUUUUUUUUACUUUCUUUUACCACUUUCCUAGCGCUAUAAGCUCCUGCCGGGGUCUGGUCGAGAAGGCAGACCGAGAUCAGCGGAUCCGUUUCUUUUUGUUCCUCCAGUGUGGAGCGGCAGCACCAUCGUGGUGCUUUUUUUCCCCGCGACGCGAUCGCUGGAUCCUAGUAGCGCUAGACCCCUUUUCGCAGGCGCUCCUAAAGUGAGCCUUUUGCCGGUGCUGGCGCACUAAAAAAGAACCUCGAGACGGGGAAAAGCAGAAGCACGAAAGAGAAGACGGAGGCGGGGCACAGAAGAAAAGGGGAGUGGGGCAUUAGGGAAAAAGAAGAGAAAAAAAGACGAGCGGGGGGGAAGGACUAAAGAACAAAAAAAAGAGCUGCAACUGUCUGGGAGUUUGCAUGUCGAAGUCGUUCGGACUAGGUUUAUUACCAAAGUGGCGCCAGGGAUGCUAAUUUAAAGACUGCGCUAAGGCAGCGCCCCCCUUCCCCAAGGGGUCCCCCCGGGGCGGGCGCGGUGGCGGCUCUGCAAGCGCGGAGCUCCGCGGGCCGAUUCUCUGAAAACGCAUACAAAAGGGUGCGGGAAGCAGAUCGGUAAGAAGUGUUUGAAAGGGGCACGCCGUUGGGUCGUCCGCCAUCGUGAUAGGAUCGCCGUGUCUGAUCAUUGGACCCCCUGUAUAUUUUUUAGCGCGCAACCGGUCACAGAAGUAAGUCUUUGAGCAAGUUUGUAAGACUAACCCAUCAAGGCAAUACUGGAGCUCCACCUUGCUCGCGGGCUUGGAUGGUAAGGCAGGUCAGCCACACAUAGCGCCCACUGGUUGUAGCCAUGCGUAAGCAAUCGAUAGCGGUUUUGCAGGUGCAGCCGGGUGGUAGUUAGGAAGUGGGCCGCGUCUCCACCUAGGGGUAUCGGCAGAGGCUAAAUCUGUUCUAACGCCCAGGUAUUGGCAGAGGCUAAAUCUGUUCCAACGCCCACCCGCCAGGAGUUAAAUGGUACUACUACUACUACUACCAGCGUAGCAAAAAUUGCAUUCCCUACUUUGGUACUCAUGCAAUACAGAUUUUUUUGGAAUCCAAAUGCAGCAUCACAAGUUCCAUUCUUCCAGACCCAGACAUUUUUACAUUUGAUACCCGGGGAAAAAGUGCAACGUGAACUGCAAGUCGGGGUACUUUCCCACCGUGGAAUCGCAGGAGUGCCGCCGCCCGGAAAUGCUGCUACAGCCGGUGCACACCACCAUCCAGUGCCUCGUCCAGUCGGAGCUCAACGCCUGGCGCGCGGAGAUGCGCGCCCGCCCCUGCUUCCGCGACCAGCACUGCAACGGGAAGGGCGUGGCCAUCCGGAACCAGGUGACUCUGGAGUGCAACUGCGCCUGCGAGCCGCCCUUCGUGGGGCUGACCUGCGAACACGAGGUGCGGGAGUGCCUGCUGCCCGAGAUCGAGAACGCGGGCAAGCCGCCCUGCCAGGAGGGCUGGACCACCUACGUCCGCGGGCCCACCUGCACCGUCGUGUGCGCGCAGGACUACUUUCCCGCCAUCCCGGUGCUGCGGUGCACGGGGUCCAACCUGGUCCCGGCCACCGGCGAGUGCCGCGGGGGCCCCAUGCCCCCGACGGUCUGCGUCGUGGCCACCUUGUCGCUCUCCGGCCUGUACGUGUUCUUCGUCGUGGUCGUGUACGGCCUGUACUUUUGGCGCAACUGGCGCGUGAAGCGGGACCUGACCAAGAUUUACGCCGGCGACCCGAAGUGCACCAUGGUCGCGGAGGAAAACCACUUUUCCGGGGGGCAGACCAACGUGCUGAAGCCGUCGCAGACCGCGAAGCAGUACCAAAAGUCGAAGCGGGAACGGAUGCCCAUCCACCGGACCAACGAGUUUGGGGAAGUGGAGGUGGGCGGCGCGGAGAAGCUGGACUACGGCUCCAAGUCGGAGGAGCAGACGCGGCGGGAACUGCACAAGUUGUCCGAGUUGGCGGACUUGUCCCGGCAGAACGCGCUGCAGAAGGACAUUCCGUUGGUGGAAUCCGCCUACAUGUCGGCGUACGAGGGCUUUCUGGUGGAGGAGAACUACGAAUCCGCAAGUAAGCUGGUGCGGGAGGGGUACCUUUUAGAAGCUAUACAUUGCAAAAAUGUCCGUGUCUGGAAGGUUGCUCCUGAGGUUUGUGAUGCUGUGUCUGCUUGACACGGAAGGUGUGCCAUGCAAGGCCUAGCAUCACAGGUUUUGAGACGGUUUCCCAAUGCUAAAUCCGCAUGACAAAAACCUUCGUUCGGCGACAGGAAAAGGAGCGCCUUUUGCUGUCUAAGCAUGACAGAUUUUUGUGUGAUCCAAGUAUGCAGCACAAGUUCGCAUCCUUCCAGACCCAGACAUUUUUGCAUUUGAUAGAAGCAGAGUUAGACCAACUGGAAGAGGAGCGUCUCGUGGACGACGUCUUGCGGGAGAAAGAAAAACAAGCAGCGUUGGAGUUUGACGCGAGGAAUCCGGUGUUCCAGGUGGAAGACCACGAAGACCCCGACACGCUGCUCCUCAUGGCACCGACGGACCAAAGGUAAGCACGACUUUAAAACAAAGUCGCACUUCGUUCAUCGACGUGUCGCGGGCUAGGAGUUGGUUAGACGUGAAAAUGGCAUGGCUGAAUGAAAAAGCAUUGCGUCGUGAUAAGUAGAUUGCCAACCAGCAUUCCUAAACAGUGAACACCAUUCGCAAGUUUUCGCGAAAAUAAAAAGGUGCAAAAAUCAGCAUACGCUGAAUAAGGUAAGGACGAAAAAAAAAAAACUGGCUGCUAAAAUAAUUUCAGGUACGCCGUCGACCAUUCCGGGCUCCCGAUUCGCGACCCACUGACUGGUGGCACCGAUCUCCGAUACCAGGCGCCGCUCGUGGAGAACGCCGAGGUCCCGUCGCUCGCGGAGCAGGCGGACUGGGUAAACGAGUUCAACAAGUGCGACAACGAGACGAAAUCCACAAAGCUGCAGAAGGAGGCCGUGCUAGAAAUAUUAGAGCGCUACGAGAACGGGAAGUGCGACUUUCUAUCGAUCCCGCAAUUGGAGGCCGCGAAGGACGUGUUGGAGCGGGCGAAAGCGAUCGCCGACGCGGUGGACUGCUGGCCGCUGAACAAACGAUGCCGAGGGAUGAUGAAACGCGUCGCGGAGCUGAAACAAGUGCAGCAGGAGCAGCUAGACGAGAAGGUCGACCUGUUGAUGCGCUCCGUCGCGUCAAAGAACCCGGAACAAAUCGAAGCAGCCAUCGAGGAAACUAUGUUUCUGAAGGAGCAGUACCCAGUAUCCGGGGUGAAUUCUUGUUGCGAAGCCGAACUGGUCAAGUUGCCAAACUUGUCGCGCGGAUGAGAUUAUAAAUGCAUCUGUUCCAUGAAAACAUUUUUCUCAUUGACAAGCACAAUGAGAAUGACCACAAGUUUGCAAGCUGCGCCGAGGCGGCCGGCACAAGUUUUCAUUGCAUAUCCUGCGCUAAUUGGACGAUGGCACAUGGUCGCGCAAGAAGUGGUUACCGACGUGAUAAGGGUACUGCAGUAGCUGUUUUCAUAUAUGAUUUCUGAGAAAAUAAAGCACCCGUGAUGCCAUGCUAAUGCAUGGCGCAAAAAUCGAUAUCGCUCAUGAUCGAUCAGGUGAGUAGACGUAGAGACUACGUACUUCGACGUCCAAGGAAGCGGUAGUACCGUUGUACUAGAAGUUCCACAAAAAUUCCACAUGUCUUAAAACAACUUACUUCUGCAGAAAGCGGCAAAGAAGAAGUCCCAGGAAGAGAAAGAGGUGAAGAAGAUGAUGGGGCUCAUUGCGGAUUACGACAUUGGUCCGAAGGAGAUCGUCCAGGCCGUCAAAGAGAAAGACGUUCCCAAGCUUCGCGCCGGUUUGAACGUUAUGCAUAUGGAAGAGUCUGUCACUUGUACUUAUUGCCUCUUGAACUUUGACAACAAAGAAGUCAAGUGAGGAUCCGCGCACCACAAGUUGAAAAUAUAAUGUCACCUACUUCAUUUUUCACCAUAUUAGAAUUUGCAUUUUUAUUCGUCUUCUUGUUCUUCAUCUUCUUCUUCCACGCAAGAGGUACAUACUAGUAGCAGACUUUUGCACAUUUUCAUACUGGCCUUCGUCUCGCCAAACACGCGGGAUCCGGACACGGGGAUGACAUUGCUCCACCUAGCUGCGAUUAACUUCGAUCAGCAGGUUUUUCUCCUCUUAAUCAAGAAGAAGGCGGACGUGAACCUGUUGACGUCCCCGGACUGCCACGACGUGUGGGACCUGGCCAGCAGCUACGUGCGCGGGUUCAUGAAGCACAAACUGAAGCUGAAGGUGCCCACCGACCGGGUUUUCCUAGAGGACGACGAGGCCACGGUGAACUCCAUGCUGAUGUCUGCGGGGAGAAGUAGUGGCGGAGCAGCCGAGAGCAGCAGCAAGUCGCCGAGAAGGGGCGGUGGAGCAUCCUCUUCAUCUGCAGCAAAGUCUACCUCAUCCCCCACAAACGCAGGAGCCGGAAACAAGGGCAGCGCGGCAAAGUAG